AUGCUUGUAGAAUACGAUGGAGAUGAAUUCGAAUAUCAACCCCAAAACCCGGAUGAGCUGGAUAUGAGUAAGCCUUGGGGUAUUGCCUAUAAGGCAUUGUCCGAGCUCAACCCGCCACCGUUAUUCUUGGAGCAAGCUAAAGGAAACCCUCGGCUAGCACUGGUUAACCCCGACGCCAAACGUGACGAUGAACGUCGAAGGUUUUUCGUGGUCGGAUGUGUUGUGUGGAACGGAACGAUACUCCAAUCCUGCACGACCGAUUUUCUCGCACAGUGGAACUGUGAACACAGAUUUGGCUGGAAGGUCGAGGAAGAGGACAACGCUGUAUACAAAUACAGCAAAAACCUCGAACAAAAUCCGGAAAAGAAACCUUUAUUCGACUGGAUCAAACCGCCGAAUAUAAGCCGUCUAACAACGAUUCGCAAUACGAAGGGGACAACGGACGAUGGGCCAAAAAUGGAUAGUCUUAUAUUGGGCGCCGGGUCAGACCUAGAGAAUACGAAGGGCAUUGCAGAUUGGAAGAACCGGGAAUACCAGAGGAUUUUCUGGUUCAGUAUGAUAGUGAGAGAACUACUGCCGGAAGAGCACAAGAAGACCGGGGCUAUCGACACAUACAAGGUGCUUCUACCAGCGGAGAGUGCCAAAAGUCUUUUGGGCUUAGUGGAGAAAGGGCAAUGUGGACUCAUGGAUGAGUUGAGAGACUGGCUCGAGAGAAGCAUAAAGGCGGACCAGGAUGAAAGUUCUUGA